AUGCCACCGCCUCGGGGACCCCGAGAGUAUCAGUCAUUAGCAAAAAUGCCAGUCGAUUACACGGCAGUCGACCUCGAUCCCAACACUCCACCACCAUAUAUGGAUCCAACGAACAGUAUCGCGAAGAAGAAGAGCUUGAUUAUGCACAAGAAAUCAGUCGAGCAUACCGGCAAACGAUGUGAGCACUGUGGUCUGUACGCCCAACAGCCAGUUGUGAUUUGGCCUGCUCCUCGUCCACACGAUCAUAUUCGACCAGAUAACACGAAAUUCAUCGGUUAUGUGAUCCUGAUCGCCGUUGUCAUCUUCCUUCUAUUCGCUGCCUGCAAAUAUUUACCAUAA